CCAGGCACGCAGCACGAGCUUCCGCGUGCUGGUGGAACUGUGCCACCAAAGCAUGUCGCGCCAGAAGAGCAAUUCCUUCAGGCUCGCCCAGCUGCAGGGUUCCGCCUGGUCGCUCUCGUGGGCGCAGACGGCUCCCGACUCUUCCUCUGAGGCUCCAGAUUGCCAAACACGUAUCAACCGUCUGAAAUACAUCCUGUCCAAGAAACGGAAGACUCCGCUUUCUGCUAGAGGCCACUGGUCCACCUGGCCUGCGUUUGCAUCCGGACAGACCGUCCCAAGGAGUCCCAAACCCUGCCGUGCCCCAGAGGAGAGACCGCCUGGCAAUAAACAGGUCCUUCGCACCAUUCCAAAGCCACGAUACUUGGAGCGACUGGAGUCCUACCUAAGGAAAGAGCUGCAGUCUCUUGAUCUGACUAAAAAGAACUCUCAGGAGCUGAAGUUACAGCCCUACAGAGAGAUCUUUGAAUUCUUCAUAGACAACUUCAAGACCUACAAGCCCUUGCUGUCAGCUAUAAAGAAUGAAUACGAAGUUACUUUGGCUCAUCAGAAGAAGACAAUUCGUGCCCUGGAGCCCCUGAAGGCUAUGAUCACAACCAUGUCCGAGGAGUGCACCCAGAAGAUACUGGCUCUGCAGGAAAAGGAGAGAGAUGAAAUAAAUAUGUUAAAGCAAGAGAAACAACAUUUGUUAAAGUUCAUUGACAACAUGAAGGAAGAAAAGAGUUCUCUUCAGGUUCAGGUGGAGCGUCUGCGGACGAGCGUAGCUGAGGAGUAUGCUCGCUAUCUCAAUGAGUACGGUGCCCGCAAAAUGCUUCUAGCAAAACUGAACGACAUGUACAACGAACGGCUGGACAGGACACGCCACCAAGUCCAAGACGUCAAGGGUGAAGAUGCGGUGAAGUUAACUUUGGCAUUAAAGAUAGCUCGGCAGGACCUCACCAAAGCCCAGGUGAAGCUGAACGCAAUGAUAGCGGACUACGGAGAUGUUGUGCCCAGGAGAGAUUUUGAAUCACUGGAGAAAAAAUACUCUGAUUUACUUCAGGAGAUGAAGACCCUGCAGAGGGAUUUUGAUCAGCUCCAUAAGGAAUAUGAAACACUGCAGGAAAUCCACAGAGAGACCGCAGAAGAGCGAGACAACUUCCGCGCCAAACUCCAGCAAGCGCAGCGCAACCGCACGCCCCGGCCAAACUGGGCAAAGUGUUCAGAGGUGAUUCCUGGUGGAGCUGCCCGGUGGGGCUGUCUGGCCGAGGGGAAGACCAGCGAUCAGCUGGUGGAUGUGCUUCUGGAAGAAAUAGGAACAGGAGUGCUAAAAGAGAUAAAUGUCUUCCCUGGAUGGGGCAAAGGCGACACAGUGCCUGUGUACCUGAGGCACGACGGUGAAGUCAAGAACAAAAAACUGACUAAGAAGGAUGUGGUGAACAUCCUAAAGGAUGUCUGGAAGGAGAAAAUUGCACUAGAACAGCAGACAGGGAAGCGCUCCAGUCUUCCCGAGUUCUUUCUCGGCUACCUCCAGAAGAAGUACGGAGAUGCCGCUGCCAUGGAAUGGUCUUACACCCUCUACAAGAACAUGCGACUCUGUCGCUCAAACCACGUCCUGAGCUCAUUCUACGACGUACUCACCGGGAAGGUGGGUGAAGAACAGUACCACGGCCAGAAUCAGCUGGUUUCCAACCUGCAGAAGGACCUGGCUGCCUGCGACAGCUCAAACAGCGGAUCCCUGACCCGCGAGCAGUUCAGCGCAGCUGUGAGGGAGGCUUUUCCCUUGAAAAGGAAGGAGUCAAUCCAAGAACUGGUCGAUGCAAGCAGAUACAGGCUGGACAGCACUGAAGACCUCAUUGACUACGUAUCCUUAUUCAAAGAAGAUGAGGAGGGGAACGCUGAACCUUUUGUUGCAAAGCUCAGGAGCCAGUACGUCAGGGAGAGGCGGGAGUAUCUGAGAGAGCUGAGGAGCAAGCUGGGAGAUUUAACGGAGGUGAAGGCAGAUGACCUGAAGACCGCCUUCUGCACCAUCGACCCCGAUAUCGAUGAUCAGACGCUGGAUACCUACGUUGGCCUGGCUUACCAGGUCCGGAGAGAACAGCCAGACCAAGACGUCGUGCCCACGGAAACUGCGCUUGAGAGACUGCUUGCUGGAGACGUGAGACGAGCCGGGCCCUCGCCUGGGGAGAGAAGCACGACAAGCCUUGAAGAAGAGCAAGCAGACUUCCAGGAUUAA